UGAAUCCUACUUGCAAAUUGAAAAGAUAAUCUUAGCUGCCUACAGAACGGGUGCCCAUGCAAUUCAUCCAGGAUAUGGAUUUUUAUCUGAAAAUGCAGAAUUCGCUAGACAAGUAGCCGAGGCUGGGAAACGUUAUUCCACUUAUGAUCUGAUCUUCAUUGUCAUACCUGGCUACAAUGGCGAUGAUCAAAGUUUGGAAGUAAUAGUGCAAGAGGCUAAAAAGAUUGGAUUUCCAAUAUUAUUGAAGGCCUCCGCCGGAGGAGGUGGUAAAGGCAUGCGCGUGGUAUACGAGGAAUCAAAACUAUUGGAAGAAAUCGAGCUUGCCAAAUCGGAAUCUCUCAGGUCCUUUGGUUCCGAUAGACUUUUAAUAGAAAAGUAUUUUGAUUCGAUCCGUCAUGUCGAGGUUCAAAUAUUAGGAGAUCAAUACGGAAACGUUUAUCAUUGUUUUGAGCGAGAUUGUUCUGUACAGCGCCGUUAUCAAAAAGUGAUUGAGGAAACGCCUUCCCCAUUUCUAGAACAAGACCUGAGAGAUCGAAUGUUUGAAGUUGCCGUCCAAAUUGGAAAAUUUUUGAAAUAUUCCGGGGCUGGUACUGUCGAAUUCAUUGUGAUGGGGAACAGAGGAAGUUCGAGUUUGCAAAUGGAUCCGGGCACACUUGGCAGCGAGAAGUUUUUGUUCAUGAAUACCGAAGUUCCGAACAAUACAAGUUCACCAGAAGGGAUAAGUUGA